ACUUGGAAAAGCCCAACUAAACAGCUGACAGGGAGGGAGAGGCGAGAACACCGCACGGCUCCAAGAUGCUGGCGCUAAUAAACCGGCUUCUAGAUUGGUUCAAGUCUCUGUUUUGGAAGGAGGAGAUGGAGCUGACGCUAGUCGGUCUCCAGUACUCCGGAAAAACCACAUUUGUCAACGUGAUCGCUUCGGGGCAUUUCAGUGAGGACAUGAUCCCCACCGUUGGAUUUAACAUGAGGAAGGUGACCAAAGGAAACGUCACCAUCAAGAUCUGGGACAUCGGCGGUCAGCCCCGAUUUCGAAGCAUGUGGGAGCGCUACUGUCGGGGGGUUAAUGCCAUUGUGUACAUGGUGGACGCCGCAGAUCGAGACAAAGUGGAGGCGUCGAGAAAUGAGCUUCACAAUUUAUUAGACAAACCUCAGUUGCAAGGAAUUCCCGUGUUGGUGCUGGGAAACAAAAGAGACCUCCCCACUGCUUUAGAUGAAAAGCAGCUCAUUGAGAAAAUGAAUCUGGCAGCGAUUCAAGACAGAGAGAUAUGCUGCUACUCCAUUUCUUGCAAAGAAAAGGACAACAUUGAUAUCACUCUUCAGUGGCUGAUUCAGCACUCAAAGACGCGGAGGAGCUGAAAACGAGGGAGCGGAUGCCAGUUGUUUGCCAUGUAACCGUCACGCUACAUCAGACGUGUCCUUAACACGCACGCGAUGCACUCUUCGCCUUUCUUUUGUUCCUCCCCACCCUGUGAUUUACCCACAAACUCUUCUGGGAAUGCACUACCCAAAAUGUCAUUCUGAUACCAAACCAAUGAGAUGUCAUUGUAAAGUUGUACUAUAGCUUUUGAACCUCUGUAUGAACUGAUGAAGCUUGGGAUGCUAGGUCAGGCUAAUGACGCAUUGUUUCAGUCCAACUAUGUAUAUUGUUUUAGUUUGUAAUUCUGCAGCUAAACAGGUGUGUACAAAUACCGAGCUCGUAUGAUUUUUUUUUUUUUUUUACAGUACAGCGGUGUAUGAAUAUGUGAUUCUAUUUAAGGUCUGAAUGAUCAAACAGGAAGUAGCCUCCAUGAUCCUUCGUGCUGCCUCCCAUUGCUGUGAGAGUAGCAGAAUUUAAAGUGCCUUGUGCAAUGUGUCUCCUCUCUGAAGCAACAUGCGGCAUGCUUGGUGUGCCUAUCUGGGACGGGAAAAGACGCCAAUCACUUCACUUGAUUCAAAUAAAGGCUUGCUUUUUAAUAUA